AUGAUACACCAGAUGGCGCCCUGGGUGCCGAUAUUUGUGCAGUCGGUCAAGAACCAUCCGCAGCCGUUCACGCCGUUCAGCUUCAGCACCGUGGACCCCGACACGCUGCGACCAAGGUGCAGGACGGUGGUUUUUCGGGACUUCCUCUUCCACGACAGAAAGACCAAUAUUCUCACAUUUACCACGGACCUUCGGGGAGAGAAAGUGAAGGAGAUCGGGUCGUACCCGGGCAAGCGCGGCACCCUGGCACCCUUCGAGGGCUGCUUUUAUUUUCCGCAGACUGGGGAGCAGUAUCGCAUAAGCGGGUCGUGCUUCGUACUGUCCGAGGGACAGCUGCCAGUCGUGGCGACUGAAUACGACUGGAAGCCCCGCGGGCCUGAUGUGAUCCCGUACCCGAUUCUCGCGCCGAGCGUGUGUGGUCAUAACGCGGGGCUUAUGGAGACGUUGGCGGCGGCGCAUGAGGCGGAGCUGGCCGAUUAUCGCAACAAGGCGGCGGAUGUCCGCGAGGACCACAGCGCCGCGCAGCUCUCGCGCAUCUCAACACAGUCGUCGGGUGACGACAUCGUGCUGAUGGUGCAAGACUACCGGCCUCCGUCCGCCAGGGAGUGGAAACUGGAGCUCAGCCGUCAAUGGGGGCAGUUGUCCAGAAACAUGAAGUCACAGUUUCGAAGGCCUCACCCGGGCACGCCACUAACUACGACCAUGGCGCAAAAGCUAGACAAGAUACAGCGCGGGGUGGACGGCGCAGGUGAGGAUACGGGCCGCGAAAACUUCGGACUGGUCUGCCUGUGUGUGGAUCAGGUAGACUACCUCAAUUUGAAGAACGGAAGCGGCGGUGAGCGCUGGAGAUUUAUAAGAACUCCGGACGAGAUCACCGGAUUUGAGACCUGGCAAGAGCAAGAGAUUUGUCCAUGA